AUGGCAACAGGCAGUUCAGGACGAUGUGAAUUUGAGUUUCAACCGUUUCCUGUACUAUUAAAAUAUGAUUGUCCACACAUUGAACAACGUCCCUAUACUCUUCCUGCAUCAGCUCGAAAAGUUAACGGACAUCAACCACCAUGCCACGAAUGCCAUCAGACAGAAGAAAACUGGGUCUGUCUCCAACAAGAUUGUAAUCUGAUUGGCUGUUCUCGUUAUCGUUUGAAACAUAUGUUAGAUCAUCAUUCAGCAACAAAUCAUUCCAUUUGUCUUAGUUUAAGUGAUCAUUCAAUUUAUUGUUAUGUAUGCGAAGAGUACAUUGAUCAUUCCAAUUUUCGACAAUUACACAGUCAACUAAUUGGAGAAUAUGGUGAUCAAACAUUUGCUGCUUAA